AUGAAUCAAGAACAACACAUAAUUAACAUUGAUUCAGACGAUGCUAUAAAUAAAAAUGAUGAAGCAGAUCCACCUUCUAAAAAACAAUCAGACAAUUUUGAAGCGAAUCAAUUUAGUUAUAACUAUUUAAAAAGUUUUAGUAGUGUCUUUUUAUAUAUCCGUGGAGCAUUGAAAAAAUUAUUAGGUGAAAACAUUCAAACUCUCACACCCGAAAAAUACAAAGUAUCAACUAAGAAUGGCACACUUAAAACUGAAUCAGAAUACGAAGGAUCAAUUAA